AUGAAAUCACAAUUAUCUUUUAUUGCUUUGUUUGUACUUUUGUGUUGUUCAAUUGUACAAUCGGUUGUAUAUUUGGAAAUGACACCAUACGCUGACGAUAAUUGUACAAAGGAAAAUGGAAUUUCCGGAGUAGGUUAUGCUUUCAUCGCUAAUCAAUGCUUUGGUGUCGGUGAUACUGCACCGGGUGCCAAGAACUUCUUUGUUACCAUCGGUGGAAACAAUGAGAAUGCUACCAUCACUACCUACAAGAACUACGAUCCAACCUGUCAAGAUGCCAUCCCCGACGCCUAUAUCACCUAUGAGAAUGGUGGUUGCUACCGUGCACCAACCUAUGCCAACCAAUACUACUAUGUCGUAAACAAUUUCGUUCGUGUUACCAUAGUAGAGAAUCCACAAGCCAUUCCAUUGUACGGAAGGAGAUUCACCACUUUCGGAGAUUCACAAUGCUCUUCCAACCCACAAUGGUAUUACUUCUACACCAACGGAACAACCUUCACCAACGGUCAAGAGACAUCUACUUUUUACUGCACAGAAAAUAAUAGUUUCCUUGAUGUUUGUAACAAAGGUGAUCCAUCAAGUUGUCAAACCUAUAUUCAAAACCAAGAAUGUUACCGUGAUGUUUGGAAUUUACAUGAACACAAUUAUUUCUUAUCUUCAUGUUAA